AUUUUCUCUAUCUGAUAUCAUUCAACACCGGAUAUCAGCACUUGGUCAAUAAGCCUCCCCUAUUAUUGUGCCAAUUUAUUUUACUUCACAGUAAUCCAUCCACUCACCAAACUUUAGCCAAAGCUACAUUAAAAAAACAAAAAAUAAAACUAACUAUACAUAUUAAAAUUCAAGAGUAAUUAUUUUUUAUUUUCAUUUUUGAAUUUUGUAACAGAUGCUGCUUGUGCUGCGUGCAGUACACAUUAUAGUUCUCUACUAAUUAAUUAAUCAGUUAAUAAAUGAAUGGAAUUAUUAGGAUUAAUAAAGAAAUAGUAAAAUCUGUUUUAUAAUUUAUUAAAGUAAUCCAAAUAAAGAUAAGGGAAAAAUAAAAAUAAAACUUUACUCUAUUACUACUUCUUGUUGUUGUAUUUAAUCCUCUCUCUUUUAUUUAGUAGAGUUGGAAAAACAAAACCCUAAAAGGGGUUCUCUGUAAGAAACAAUUCGCCGCCGGAUUGAUCUCUUUUCCAUUCCUUCGUCAUUCCUUUUUCAGCUUUCUCUCUGCACCUUCUCCACCCCUCUCUGUUCCUUUAACCUCACUUCUCACUUUCAGCUUUUGUUUGGGCAUUCAGUGUUGUUUGGAGGGGGGGUUUUGCUGUGUUUUUUUUUUUUUUAAUCGAAAUUUUCUUGGUCAAAGGAGGAUGAAACACCAUGUUGGCUGGAAUUAAUUUAAUUUUUCUUUUUGCUGCCAAUUGUUGAUGGGGUUGAAUAAAGUUUCCGUCUUUGUUGUUUUUGAUCAUGGGUUUUUGGUGUUGUUCUGAUAUUGACGAAAGGGGUUGAAAAAAGGUUCCAUUUUUACGAGCUUGAAGACUUAAAUUUUAGGUUUGUGCAUUAGGGUUUUCUGGGUUUGGAUUAAUUUUUGUUUAUUUGGUUCGUGUUUGCGAUAGCUUUCUAGGGUUUGUGUGUUUUCUGGAAUGAGUGAAUAGUUCUGGGUUUUUUCUUAAUUCUGUAAAAAUGAUAUCGGAAUUGGGUAGGAGACCAAUGCUUGGAGGAGGCAACGAGAAUUCAUUUGGAGAUGAAUUGGAGAAGGAGAUAGGGCUGCUCCUCCGGGAACAGCGUAGAGACGAUGCUGAUGAUCUGGAAAAGGAGCUUAAUUUGUACAGAAGUGGCUCAGCUCCACCUACUGUUGAAGGAUCAUUGAGUGCUGUAGGUGGGUUAUUUAAUCACCGUGGAGUGGGUGGUGGAGGUGGUGGUGGAGGCGGCGGCGGCAGUGCUAACUCUGCUUUUUCGGAGUUUGCCCGGAACAAGGGUGUUAAUGGCAUGUCUGAGGAGGAGCUGAGGUCCGAUCCUGCUUAUUUGUCUUAUUAUUACUCUAAUGUGAAUUUGAACCCUAGGUUGCCACCUCCUUUGUUGUCCAAGGAGGAUUGGCGCUUCGCACAGAGGUUACAAGGUGGGAGUUCUGCAAUUGGGGAUCGGAGAAAAGUUAAUAGGAAUGAUAGCGGAGGUGGUGCAAGAUCACUUUUUUCCAUGCCACCGGGUUUUAAUUCAAAGAAACAGGAUGCGGAGGAUGACUCGGACAAGGUUCAAGGUUCUGUUGAAUGGGGUGGUGAUGGGCUAAUUGGCUUGCCAGGUUUAGGACUAGGUAGCAAACAAAAGAGCUUUGCUGAAAUGAUUCAGGAUGCCUAUAGCCAACCAACUUCUGCAUCUGGUCACCCUUCACGUCCUGCUAGUCGUAAUGCGCUUGAUCAGAAUACUGACGCUUUGGGUCCUGUGGAAGCUGAGUUGGCUCAACUUCAUCGUGAUUUAACAUCUGCUGACCCUCUGCGUUCCAGUGCAAGUGUGCAGAGUGUAUCUCCUCAACCUGGUGGAUUGCCAACGUCAUACUCCUAUGCUGCUGCUUUGGGUGCUUCCUUGUCUAGAAGUACCACACCUGAUCCCCAGCGUCUUGCAAGGGCUCCUAGUCCUGGCCUUGCCCCUAUUGGUGGAGGAAGAACAAGUGCAUCAGAAAAGAGAAAUCUCAACAGUCCAAACUCUUUUAAUGGUAUCUCAUCCCACUCAAAUGAUGCGGCUGACUUAGUUGCUGCUUUGUCUGGUAUGAACCUUUCAAAUGGUGCUGUGGAUGAUGAAAAACAUUUGGCUCCUCGGAUUGAACAAGAUGUGGAUGACCAUAAAAAUUAUCUAUUCAACGUUCCAGGCGGUCAAAGUACUACAAAACAGCAUGGUUACUUUAAGUCUGACUCUGGUUUGAGCAAUAGCAGUGGUUCUGAUCUUAGCAGUCCUCCCUUUCAAGGUGAUGCUCGCAAAACUACAGGUCCUCGUAGUAAUGCUUACCAAAAAGGAUCUUCUACGUCUGUGUUUAAUGGUGGUGCUGGUAUACUCUCUCAACAUCAGCAUCAGGAUAGUCCAAACUCAUCGUUUUCUAAUUACGGUUUGGGUGGAUACUCCAUGAAUCCGUUAGCAGGAAAUAUCGGCAAUUGUAAUUUGCCACCUUUGUUUGAAAAUGCUGCUGCUGCAUCUGCCAUGGCUGUCCCUGGUAUUGACUCAAGAAUGUUUGGGGGAUCAAAUAUUGGGUCUCCAGUCUCAGAUCAAAACCUUAAUCGAAUUGGGAAUCAGAUGGCAGGGAGUGGUUUGCAGGCAUCUUAUGUGGAUCCAGCUUAUUUGCAGUAUCUAAGGACCGCUGAGUAUGUUGCAUCACAGAUUGCAGCCCUCAAUGACCCUUCUAUGGACAGGAACUAUAUGGGCAAUUCAUACGUGGACUUGCUCCAAAAGGCUUAUCUAGGUGCUAUGCUAUCUCCUACAAAAUCUCCAUAUGGUGUUCCACCUGGUACCAAGAACAGUGCUUCGAACCAUCAUGGUUAUUAUGGAAGCCCUGCAUAUGGCAUGGGCUUGUCUUACCCUGGAAGUCCGUUGGCAAGUUCAGUUGCUCCUGGGAGCCCCUUGAGGCAUGGUGAUUUUAAUAUGAGAUAUUCAGGUGGAAUGAGAAAUUUGUCUGGUGGUGUUAUGGGGCCUUGGCACUUGGAUAAUAUGGACAAUAGCUUUGCCUCCUCAUUGUUGGAAGAGUUCAAGAGCAAUAAGACGAAGUGCUUUGAGCUAUCAGAAAUUGCAGGGCACGUAGUUGAGUUCAGUGCGGAUCAGUAUGGGAGCCGAUUCAUCCAACAGAAACUUGAAACUGCAACAACAGAAGAGAAAAAUAUGGUUUUUGAGGAGAUCAAUCCUCAAGCUCUAACUUUGAUGACUGAUGUGUUUGGUAAUUAUGUGAUUCAAAAGUUUUUUGAACAUGGAAUGGCAUCUCAAAGAAGAGAAUUGGCUAGCAAGCUAUUUGGGCAUGUACUUACCCUCAGCCUUCAAAUGUAUGGUUGCCGAGUGAUACAGAAGGCAAUAGAGGUUGUUGAUGUAGACCAGAAGAUAAAGAUGGUUGAAGAGCUUGAUGGUCAUGUCAUGCGUUGUGUUCGUGAUCAGAAUGGUAACCAUGUUAUCCAAAAGUGUAUUGAAUGUGUGCCGGAAGAUCAUAUCCAAUUCAUUGUCAACACAUUCUUUGGCCAAGUUGUUACACUGUCAACUCAUCCUUAUGGGUGCCGUGUCAUACAGAGAGUUCUGGAGCACUGUAGUGACCCAAAAACUCAAAGCAAGGUGAUGGAAGAGAUUUUAGGAUCCGUUAGUAUGUUAGCUCAGGAUCAAUAUGGCAACUAUGUUGUUCAGCAUGUCCUGGAGCACGGCAAGCCAAAUGAGCGGACUUGUAUCAUUCAGGAGCUAGCCGGGAAGAUUGUCCAGAUGAGUCAACAGAAAUUCGCUUCAAAUGUUGUGGAGAAGUGCUUGACAUUUGGUGAUCCUAGUGAACGUCAGCUCCUGGUGGACGAAAUGCUUGGAACAACUGAUGAGAACGAGCCUCUUCAGGCGAUGAUGAAAGAUCAAUUCGCAAAUUAUGUUGUACAGAAAGUGCUGGAGACAUGUAGUGAUCAGCAGCGUGAAUUGAUUCUGUCUAGAAUAAAAGUUCAUCUCACCGCGCUGAAGAAGUACACAUAUGGGAAGCAUAUUGUUGCCCGUGUAGAGAAACUUGUUGCAGCUGGAGAAAGGAGAAGCGCUCUUCAGUCUCCUAAUCCUGCUGCUUAG